AUGGCUAGCCCAUGGAAAAUAUCGGCCAUCCAGGAGGGUCUUGGUGGCAAGUAUGACCGGGACACCAUCGUAGGAAUGCUUCAACAAUGUCGCGGUAACAUCGACAGGGCAUUUGAGAAUCUACUUGGCGAAGAUACUAGUGCACACCCAGCAGAGACUUCUGCUUCUAAAGCUAUCAUGAAGUCUCGCCUUCAACAACCUUCCUCACGGUCUUCGUCUCCCUUCAGCACCGGUAGCAAACGCUCCGCAGAUGAAAGUGAACUUGAGGACAAUCCUCAACCGGCUACGCGGCGCAGUCGAGCCAGAGAUCAAAAACGACGUAUCCUUCCUGAUGUAACAGUCGGGAUUGCCUUUCGGGACGAUCAGAAUGACCUCGUUUCGUUACGGUUACGAGUCAGCCCGGAUGCGGUCGCAGAAAAGGCAAUGACUACAGAAACUCCUAGCCAGACUGAGAGUGACUCCUUCGAGUCAGGAUCAGGAUCAGGAUCCGAUAGAACUGGAAUCCUAGAGAAAAACAAUAAGUCCAGGAUCAAGCAGAAACCAGCUUCUAGCGAGCCCGUCACCCAGAAGAAUGAACCAAAGGAAGAGCCGAAGCCACGGCGGAGCCAACGUCUCACCAAGAGUCGGAACGCUCCAAAACCUGUAUAG